AUGGGAUUUUGGUCUUACGUUAGUGUAGUUGCAGAGUCAGACACACUGAAGCAGGGUGCCAAAAUUCGAGACUGGGAACAUUUGACUUCUGCUAAGGCCAUUUUCAAGCUGGGUUUCUUUAGCAUUUCUGCCGGCUACUCCGUUCCAAACAACAUAGAGAACCAUUAUCUAGGAAUAUGGUACACCAACGUGCCAAACCAGCCGGUCUGGAUUGCCAACCGUGAUUCCCCGCUCCCAGACUCAUCUGGUUCACUCAUCAUCGACGCUGAUGGCAAACUCAAGAUUUCGUACGUUGGAGGGAUGAUUACAGUGUCGAAUGUUUCCACAAUAAUGUCGGGAAACAACGUGGGCGCCACGCUGUUGGACUCUGGAAACUUGGUCGUACGUGAAGUUCACGAAAAUGGAAGCUUUGGAGGUGUGUUAUGGCAGAGCUUUGAUUACCCCACGGAUGUGCUUGUGCCUGGAAUGAAACUCGGAGUAAAUCUGAAAACCGGGCAUGUUUGGAAGCUCACUUCUUGGUUGAGUGACCAGGCCCCGGGUUCAGGAGCUUUUGAGCUCGGCCUGGAUGUUAAUGGCGGGACUAACCAACUGGUCAUUUCACGACGGGGAAAGGUUUACUGGACCAGUGGAGUCUGGAAAAAUGGGAGCUUUGAGAAGGCACCAGACGUGACUGCAAUAGAGUCCGAGUUUGGUUUCAAAUUCGUGUCAAACGAGAAGGAGAAGUACUUCUCUUACUCGGCUAAACACAACUACACGUUCGCCAAAUGGAAGCUGGAUCUUCUGGGCCAAAUCGAGCAAUUCUUCGUGAUACAAAAUGUGAACAUGUCUAGCUGGAACUGGAGAUAUGCUGCAGAAUGUCUCCCCAUUGUGGAGAAUAAUCCCAGCGCGGUUUGCUUGAAGGAAAACCCGGUUUCUUGCAGGAAGAGUUCUGAUGUAUUCGUUCAGACAAGAGGGUAUUUUCUUGAUGGAAACAUAUCUUAUGUUGAGGAUAGUCCAAAUGGCUCCAGCUUAGCUCUCAGUGAUUGCCAUUCCAUCUGCUGGAAAAAUUGCUUCUGCACGGCAUAUGCAUCGUCUUUUGCUGAUGGAACUGGCUGCUAUUUGUAUACCAAUGCCCAUAAUUUUACACUUGAUGCAACUGGUGAACUGUACAUCUAUCGUCUCAUCAAAGAACACAAAAGCUAG